AUGCAAGCUCCAUUUGAUAAGCACAUAUCGCCUACAGUACCUUAUGUCCUGCAGAGAGGAAGAAGGGCUUCUCCAAAGAUAGAGGGUAUAUCCAAAUACAUAAGACACUUAAGGAUUCCAGUUAGGAAGAACGAACUAUUUGUGGCAGGGGGAACAACAAGACAGGCCUUAGAAGAAGCUUUUCACGAGGUGGAUCUUAUAGAAGAUAUAAGGGUAUUCAAAAGAUACGCCUUUCUGUCAUUUAAGUCUAAUGCAAACAUAGACCAUAUACCCGGAAAAUGCCACAAUAUAGGAGGGAAGCCUAUGUAUGUCGACUAUGUAAGAAGGGACGAUAUCAAGUUUAUACCCAUCAGACUUAGAAACAGGGCUAGCUUAUGGUACAACCACAAAAAUAAAUUCAAAUAA